AUGGAUAACUUGGCUGCAAACCCAGUCAACCAGAAUAGCAAGCGCUAUACAAUGAAACAGGCGUUUGAUGUCUGGUAUGCCAACAAGGACAGCAUUCUUUUUGAUGUUUCUGUUGGCGUCCAUCAUGGCGAGAACUACAAGCUUGCUCGGCCUCAUCAACUUUAUCAUUUGGAUAUGCACCAGAGCAGCGCACAGAAGCAACAGGAGUCUCAGGAGAAGAAUGAAGCAGAGCUGGAGUCUAGAACAGAAGCUCUGCAUGUGUCUUCUUCCGCUCGCGACGAAGUGGCGCCUGUGACUGAUGACUUCCUGUCAUUAUCUUUAGGUGGCCAGCCUGAGAAUGCAGCCAACGUUCACGAGAAGCCUUUGCUGAGACCACCAAAUCUUCCUCAACCUGCCGGCUUGUUUUCCAACUCCGCUGCAGAUGGCUUGAGUCAUUUGAUCCAGCCCGAAAACAUCAAAUGGAUCUAUCUCGAUGCCUCUGGAAAUGAGCAGGGUCCAUUUACUGGAGAUGUGAUGCAAGAAUGGUUGGGUGAUGGCUACUUGAGUCCAGAUCUCAAAAUCCGUCGUGAAGAGCAACAAACCUUCCAGACGUUGCGCCUGUUCUGUGAGAGCACCAAGAAUUUCAUUCUGCCUUUCAAGACCCCGCUUCCUGCGGUGGCCGAGACUCAGAAUUAUCUUGGCGGAGCAAAUCCAAUGUCUUCUCACCCUGGCCCAUUUGGCUCAGUUCCCGAUGCCGUAUCGGCUCAAGGAACUGGUGUGUCGAUGACUUCCAGUGGCCUGUUUGGUGCAACUCAGCAGUCUUCUGGGCCUGUAUCCCAUCAGCAGCUGCAAACCUCGUUUAACACCAAUUUGUAUCCUCAAAUGAUGUCCAACAAUAGUUUUGGUGGUGCUGCUUUGAGAGCUCUGUCCUCGAACCUCAUGUUUGACUACAACACUUCGAAAGACUACUCCAUGAUGAAUCCGCAAUUCAACGCAGGCUCUCAGUUUGGUCUUGAUGCUUUGAAUCAGAACAUUGGCGGUGGUUUCGGGCAGUUGCAUAUGCCAUCAUUGCUUCACCAACAGAUCCACGGACAACAGCCAAUGCUCUCCAGAAGUAACAGCGGGUGGGCGGUUGACAAUUCUCUUCCUGGACAGAUGCCCCAAGCUCUGGGAGCUGUGCAACCAUCGCCUCUUGCCAUCUCUCAACAGGCUCUUGGCGGUCCCUCCUUGUCUCAACCAAGCCCAAUGUCUCCGUGGUUGAACAGAGUUCUGUCUUCUAGAGCUGCAUCUCCAUUUAUUCCUACUGCUUCAUUGGCAAAUGAGGACACAAUUUUGAAUGAUUUGCACAGUUCGAUGGUGACUGGUAUUUUAAACGACGAAGAGCCUUCCAUGAGUUAUUUCCAAUCCAGAGAUGUCAAUUCGAACGAAGCUUCCAGAGCCAAAACCCAGAACCAUAACACUUUGGCUCCAGACUCCGUUCUGAGCGUUCUUCAAAAUGUUGAAUCUGAUCCUGUUGCCGCCAAGAGUUCUAGCGGAUUGAAAAACGUAGUAUCUGAGUCUGUUGUUGAAGAAUCUUUUGCCGAACCAGCCUUGAACUCUUCUAGUGCUCCUGUUGAAGCACCAGUUGAAGCAGAACCAGAGGUUCCUGAAGUUGCAAAGCCAGCAGAAGAGUCUGCUCCUGUUGCUCCUUCUCCAAGUGUCCUGGCUCCAUGGGCCAAAAAGGCACCUGAACAAGAGACCCCAGUAGUUUCAUUAAAGGAGAUCCAGAGAAUGGAAGCCGAAUGGCUGGAGAAGGAGAAGCAGACAAAGGCGGAGAUGCAACGUGAGUUGGCUAUUGCCAACGCAAUUGCUGCUUCCAAAAUGGAGGAGAGAUCUGCUCCAGCACUUGAAAAGGUUCCUUCCUUCAACUGGGCUCUGUCUUCUCAGGAGGCUGUUGCCAAGAAGACCUUGGCAGAGAUUCAAAAGGAAGAGGAAGAGGCUGCUGCUCGUGCUAGAGCCAUGAGUAAGACUGCUAGUGGCACUGCCGCCAUGAAGACAUCUUUGGCUAGCACCCUCGCCAGCUCUGUGCCAAAGGAGGAAUUUGGUGGAGCUUGGACCACUGUCGCUAAGAAGCCUAUUGUGAAGAGAUCUACUCAACAAGUUUCUACUCCAACCGUAUCAUACUCCUCGAUGACUGGUGCUAUCAACCCCCAGGCAUUGCGCAGUGCUUCAUCGAACGAUGUUGCUAGUUCUUCCAUUAACUCUACUGGGUUGAAGGAGGACUUCUUGGUUUGGGCCCGUAAUGCCAUGACCAACUUGUAUCCUUCUGUUUCUAAGGACGACUUACUUGAGGUAUUCACAACUUUGCCAUUGCAUGGAGACUCCCAGCAAUUGAUCUCCGAAACCAUUUACAGUUCCUCUGCUACCAUGGAUGGCCGUAGAUUUGCACAAGAGUUCCUCAAGAAGAGACAACAGGUUGAAAGACAGAUCGGCGCCAAUGCUGUUGGCUCUUGGUCUGCCGCUAUCUCUUCCAGUGCAGACAAGACCCCUGCUGUUGAUGACGAUGGAUGGAGCACCAGUGUCAAGUCGAAGAAGAAGGGAAGAAAGUGA